AUGUUAGUUUGGGCUUACGAAGCUGCGUUGCAUGUUAUUAACAAUGAAUAUACUUGGCUGGAGGGACUGUUCGAUGUGGCUAUGUUUUUGGCAGUAUUCGGGCCAAUUUUCACGAUAUGUAAAGAAGGACAAGGUAUCCACGAUGAGGUUAUGCUCUUACAAACUGCGCUGUAUACAAGAAUUUAUAAAAACUAUUUUGACAAGAAAAAUCGCAGUAUUGCCAGGUCCCUGUUAGAAUUGACAGAGGUUCGAAGUUUAUCAUUUUCAGUUUUUCGUAUGUUUGAUUUGAACAUAUCGUUUCCAUUCAAAUUCUUCGGAUUGCUAGCGUCCUAUCUUGUAAUACUUCUUCAGUUUAAGAAAGUAACUAAUUUUAAAUAG